AUGGCCAACCGUGCUCCAGCCGAUGUGGCGCUUUCACCCGACAUGCCCGGACCUCCUACCCCCUCCUUGGACAGACUCGAAGACUCGCCGUCCGCCCCGCCCCCUGCACAUACACCCCCGUUCCCCGACACCGAUAACUUCACAUCCAAUCCUCAAGGUCCACUUCCAGGCGACAAGUCGUAUGCCGACUCAAUUGCCAGCAUUGAUACACCCUCUCCAACACACUCUGCCCCGGCAUCAGUGGGUCGCCGGGGAAGUUCCAAUUGCGGCCCUCCGUCGGCCUCUUUCCGCGUUGCAUUGGACUCGCAGCGCCAUAACACCACCCAUGGCUUAGAUCUUGGCUCGGAGGAGCGGCUAGGCUUUAACUUCCUAUUGGAUUCGUCCCGUACUGUUCCCAAAGUCGACCGUCUUCGCCGCAGCAGCUCAGAGAACUUCCGCUUCCACCCAAAUCCUCCGUCACCAAUAUACCCACAACCACUGAAUACGACCUGCGAACAUAGCACCCCUGCAUUUGCUGCCCCGAUACAAAACUUGACCGCAACAUGUCCCUUGGAUACUAUUCUUCUGGAGUUCCUCCACAGCCGACAACGCGAAGCCGCACAAGGCAUCCCCAGACAGAAACUUGUGGGGCCUCCAUACCCAAGUGUCUCCUCACUAUUGAAUCCAGACAAAAGCGUCUACUCCCACCCGGUCUCAAAGGUGUUCACGGAUAUCCUACGCACAUUCCCUGAUAUUGCCUCCCUACCGGAGCAAGUCGCCGUGCUCUAUACCAUGUUCCUCCUCAUGCGCUGGCAGAUUUAUCCCACGCAAGAGAACUAUGAACGUCUCCCAGAGUGGCUCACACCACGUCCAACACAACUUCUCCAUCCACAUCCAGCUUGGAUGGAUUAUGUGCCGUGGCCAGGGAUGCGUGACCGGAUUGUCACAACAUACCAGAACUAUCCGUUCGAGAAUUGGUUUAUCCCAUUCACUCGUGGGAUUUGUGUUAAUUGGCCGUAUGAGUCCACGGAUUGCUUAUUGUCGGCUGGUGACUCGGACGAGCUGGUUAUCAAUCCUGUCUUUGAACGGCACAUGCGCAACCUGAACAAUUGGUCUUUGGGGACAUGCUUUGCGGAGACCUACCCUGCUUUGGCGGACACCGCUCAAAUCAAGCCGAAAGAGCAAAGUUCAACGCCGCGCCCACAGUAG